UAAAAAGCUAUGAUAGACAUUUUAAAUGAAUUGUGUUAUUACCCGUGUGUACCUUACAUUUUGAUUGUAUAAUCUAUAAUAGGUAUACGUGAAUCAGACUUAAGAGAAGAAAUGUUUUGGAAUUCCUCCGUCUGAUGGUUAAAGGUUGUUGCCAGCUCGCUGGCUGGGUAACGUUACCUUGACAUCAUGUUAGCUUAGACAGUUCAGGGUAGCAGAUCCAUGACAGCAAAAACAAGCCGACUUACCUCAUUCACGGGCUAUCAUACAAGAUGAAGUAUAGCCAUAGGAUACACAUACCUGAGAUUUGAAUGGAUUCACGCCUUGUCCUUUUUGAAAACUCAGUGAUAGCUCGUGGUAGUGCAGGGUAUUAUGCUGUGUUGUUUUGGUUUUGAGUUGGCUUGAUCACAGCUGAGUGUAUGUAGCCAACUUGGAUAAUUUCUCACCGCUUGCCACAUUUAAAAUAUAUAUAUAUAAUUUGGUGUUGAGAAGAAUAGCCAGCUGAGUGCUGGUUGCAACGAACUCAAAGAUGAUUGAGGUGGUGGCCUCCAUGGCACGCGGCCCGGUGUUCCUAACCGGGGAGCCACUGGAGUGCCUUAUCACGUUCACCAACCCGAUGUCUCAUCUAUCCACUUCUGCUAGCAGUGAGAUGCUGGCGUGGGCCAGUGCUCAGAUCCACUGCCAGUUCCACGCCAGCGAGAGCAGGGUGGCGCUGCCUUCUCAGGGCAACAAGCAGGACGUGCAGGCAGAGAGCGACACGGUGCUCAUUCCCAGCAGAGGAGAGAGGGGGCAGUGUAUCCUCGACACGCCGCCAAAGAUCCUCUUUUGUGACUUGCGCCUGGAUCCAGGAGAGAGUAAAACCUAUUCCUACAGUGAGGUUGUGCCCACAGACGGUCCACCCAGUUUCAGAGGGCAGGCGGUGAAGUAUGUGUACAAGCUGACCAUCGGCUGCCAGCGGGUCAAUUCCCCAAUCAAGCUGCUACGUGUUCCAUUCAGGGUGCUGGUGCUGCAUGGCAUGCCGGAAUCCUGUUUUGUCCAGGAUGAGGAAGUGGCCCCCUCAAACCCCUUCCUGGAGGAGGAGGAGGGGGGAGGCAGCAACCGCAGGGACAGCCGGGUCCUGGAGAGGGCGCUGGACAUGCUGAUGAUCACCACGUCCCGCCGCUCCCCCAAUCUGUUCAACAUCACUAACUCCCGGGGGAAGGUGGCCAAGUUCUGUAUCUUCAAGUGUGUCUACCGGCUCGGGGAGGACAUCGUCGGCACUUUCAACUUCUCCGAGGGGGACAUCCCUUGUCUACAGUACUCUGUCAGUUUACAGUCCGAAGAGGAGGUGAACUCUGCGUACCAGAGGAGGCCAGUUCAACCAUUGAGCGUGACCUCUCAUGGGCGCCACCUAGAGUCCUGCCUGCACACUGCAUCCAGCCACUUCUCCUUACCCAUACCUCUCAACGUGACACCAGGAUUCAGCACAGACAUCAUCACUCUGAGAUGGCGUCUGCACUUUGAGUUUGUGACAUCCAGAGAGCCUGUGGAGUCACCCACCGUACUGCAGAACCAAUCAGAAGUCACCAUCUGGACGGGAGCAGAGCAUGUGGACGUGGACACUUUCAGCUGGGACUUGCCAAUCAGAGUGCUUCCCACCAAUCCAGCACUGGCAUCUUAUGUUUCCCACUUUACAGGGACCAACAGCAUAAACAUUUGAUAUUGCUGUUUGUGUGUGUGUGAGGGAGUGUGCGAGCGAGAAAGUUGGGACAGUUUGUGUGUUUUCACUAAUAAGGGGAUUCUAUUAUGUAAUUACAGAGGUGUGGUGUCCGUGUGCGUGUGCGUGUGCGUGUUUUAACCAUCUCUCUAAACGGUUGCCUAUGCACUGUGGGUAAAUCUCUUGAAAUGUAAUCAAGUUGGAUUUUAAUGUUUGAAGUGUGUGUGUGUGUGUGUGGAGUGUAUGUGGAUUUGUUACUAAAUGCUUUUUUAUUAUAUUCCUCUUAUUGCAACUACAAUUUUGUUUUAUUUCAGUUUCUCUCUAAAAUGGGAGAGUUUUGGGACCACUGACUGACUUUCUUGAUAUGUGGUUCACCCUUAUGUAUUUCAACUACCUGUGUGUGUGUGUGUGUGUGUGUCUGCGUGUGUGUGUCUGCGUGUGUGUGUGUGUGUGUGCGUGUGUGCGUGUGUGCGUGUGUGUGUGUGUGUGUGUGUGUGUGUGUGUGUGUGUGUGUGAGAGAGAGUGUGAAUGAGAGUGUGAGUGUAGUUCUCAAUAUGUGAAUCAGAGUUGGAAAUGUGUUUUUUGACCUCAAAAUAAAACCACGCAUAUUUGUAA